CUACUUUGAUUCUGUGUUUUCGUAAUAGUUUUAACCUAUUUUGUUGUUCACUUUUCAAAGUCGUGCAAUCAGUAAAAAUUUCUAAGAAAGUUGUGCUUUAGAUAAAAUAUUUUGAGUUCCUUGUUGCAAAUGUGAGAUAAGUUAACUUGUGCACCAUGGUAUCGUAUUUCGAAUUUAACGAUGGAGCUAUGGUUCCACUAGAGGACGAUGAAGAGAUUCACGAGGAGUCUUCUGAAGAAGACUAUGUUAUUGAUGAGAAUGCCGAAAUAAACGAAUAUCCUGAUUUGGAGCAAGUUGACAAUCGUUAUCCGGGAGAAAACGUUGAAUCAUGCCUCAUAAACGACAGGUUGGUGGAAGAAUCAGGCAUGAAGAAGGCUGGACCUCAAGAUUUCCAAAUCUUGAAGAUGCUUGGUAAGGGAGGCUACGGUAAAGUGUUCCUGGUGAAAAAACUGAAUGGUCACGAUGCGGGAAGUAUAAUGGGCAUGAAGGUGCUUCGCAAGGCAGCCAUCUUCCGUAAUCGCAAAGAUGCUAUUCAUACAAGGGCCGAAAGAAAUAUUUUGGUGGAGAUCAAGCAUCCGUUCAUAGUUGACCUCAAGUACGCUUUUCAAACAAACGGCAAACUAUACCUGCUUCUGGAAUAUUUACCUGGCGGUGAAUUAUUCACUCAGCUGGAAACUGAAGGCUUAAUAAUCGAAGAUCAGGCAGUGUUCUAUUUGUCGGAAAUUAUUCUGGCCAUCCAGCAUUUACAUAGUAAGGGAAUAAUAUACAGAGAUUUAAAACCCGAGAAUGUCAUGUUAGACAGUCAAGGGCACGUUAAGUUGACUGAUUUCGGCCUCUGCAAGGAGCAUGUCGAACCCACUGAUGUCACCCACACAUUCUGUGGUACCAUUGAAUACAUGGCCCCUGAAGUAUUAUUGAGAAGCGGCCAUGGAAAAGCAGUGGACUGGUGGUCUCUGGGAGCCCUGAUGUACGAUAUGCUGACAGGAUCGCCCCCUUUUACCUCAAACAACCGUAAGCAUACCAUCGAAAAAAUUUUGAGGAACAAAAUCGUCAUUCCCCACUUCUUGACGCCCAACGCUAGGGAUUUGGUAAGGAGGUUGUUGAAACGUCAAGUGAGCGCUCGAUUGGGCUCCGGUCCAGACGGGGCUGAAGCCAUCAAGAGACACCCCUACUUCGCUGGAAUAAAUUGGGACGACGUGUACAACAAGAAAUAUAAAGCACCAUUCGUACCGUCUCUUCAAGGACCGACUGAUGUUUCGAUGUUCGACAGAAGAUUCACGAGCGUUACACCCGUGGACUCCCCCGUUGAUCCUGUCCACGGUUCAGAAAGCUUCAGGAACAUUUUCCAAGGAUUUUCCUACGUAGAACCAACCAUAUUUCCUAGGCAAGUCGAGGAUCCCUAUGAUCAUAGGGACAACCGGAGGAACAACCGUAGAUUGAACGAUUUGUACGAUUUGGAUCAGUUCGGAUCGCCAAAUGCGAGUAGCAGGAGCGUCCUGAUCCAAAGACCGGCACGUUUCGGGUUGCGUCAAAAUCAGCCUGGUCCUUCUCAUAUGCAAAUGGUACCCGAUGAGGAGUUGAUGGAUUAUGCCGGUGCUCCGCCACCGAGGAGGAGUUUUCGAUAAACAUUUUGGAUUAACACCUGUCGAGAGAUUGUAGAACCGCUGAAGGGGUUAUUUGUUGUUCAGCCAAGAAAAGGUAUAUGCCAAUAAAAAAAAAUUGAUAUUAAAUUCGUCAGAAGUGUAGUUUCUCAACCGAAAAUCCCUAUUAAAUGCCAAAUUACCGAAUUUAAAUCUGAUCAAUCUGUCGAAUUUUAAAUAUAUUUUCUGGUUUUCGUGUAAAACCAAGAGCUUCCACUGAUGUUUUGUCAUUUUUUAUCAUUCAUUAAUAACUUGGCUCAGAAGAAUCUUUAAUCCCAAAAACGGUUUUGAUUGACGCUCUUAGGUAGGUUUAGUACAAUUUUAUUUUCAUUUUUUAUUUGCUAUGUUACCACUCGAGUAAAGUUGAUAAAACAUCAAUGUUUCGUUACAUCAGGUUCAAAUUGCUGGUUUUUAUACCUCUUGAAAUAUUAUUCCUUCUAAAAUUAAUUUCUUUAUCGAUGUUCGAAAAGAUUCAUAUUUUAUCAAUUUUUCAGUGAUGUCAUUUCAUUGUAGUCAGGGUUUCAGUAUAGGAUAAUAAAAAUUUUUCAGAAUACAAAACAAGCCUUGAUAAAACCUAAGGUUUUCCCUUCGUUUUAGGAAAAUCUUUUUUGUGAUUUGGUUGAAAUCUUUUAAAACCCUUCCCUUUCAAUUCGGGUAAUUCUAGUGUGAAUCUGUUAGUUUCAACGCCUGUUUUGUAGUCUUUGCAUUUGAACUGAUUUAUUUUUUUUCUGAUAAUAAUACUCAGCUUUGAUUAUUGAUAUUUUCGAGUUGUAAGUUUGAGUUGGCGUCAUGUAAAAUCACAAGUUUCAUCCUAAACUUUCUCAUUUUGCCAAUAAGUUGUCGUCAAUCUUUGACUAUUUUGCGUGGAUGUAAGAGUUUGAAAAUUGAUGCCACUCAAGCGUUGAUAAUUCACCUAACUCGCCUUGCACUCUAUAUUAUGAUCAAUUUUGUAUUUUUAUCUAUAAUAUUUUUUCAUUUAAAACCAUCUUGGGUCAAGGUAAAACUUAUUAGUUGUGAAUGAUAUUCUUAUGAACUAUUAAACUAAAACUCUUUGUUUGAGGUUCUAAUUAUGGAACACUUCAGCACAUCCAUCAUUUGACCUACGUUUGUAUUUUUUUUUCAAAUUAAUUUUUACUCAAGCUGAAUGAAUAGGUGCAGUUUUUAUCUAGUGAUUGUAUUAAUUUUUCCAUUAAUUGAAAUGCUAACAAUCUGAAGUGUUGCAAAUGCAGACCCAUAUGUUUUUUAUUGAAUUUUGUGUAUCCUUAGUUAAAAAGUGUUGUUUGCAAAAUUUUCUCUCUGCUACAUCUGAACUGAAAUCCUAUUAAUUAUGCCUUUGUGGAAAUGUUGAGUAAAGCGUCUCAAUAUCAAUGCUUCAAUAUCUCAUAGGUACUUAAAAUAUCAAUUAUACUCAAAAAAGUUAGAAAUAUUGAGUGAAAAUAUUCAAAUCAAGCAUGUGGGGUUGUUUUAAGGCUGCUUUGACAUAACCCCAAUUUUUUACCAUGUGCAAAAAUGUGUUCAUUACUAAUAGUUAUAUUUUUAAGAUAAGAUGUAAACUUUUAUAUAGGGAAAUGUAAUUUGCAUCAAGAUUGUGCUCUACGCACUAAACAUUUCCAGAGUUGGAACACUACCAAACAUGUCUGAUUUUUUCAAAUUCCGGUUUAUUUUUUUUGAUAUUUUCUUUUCAGGAAUCUUACUCUGAGGCCGUUAGGCAAUCUGAAGGUAUUUUAUUUCACCUUGGACGAUGGUAACUAUCAGCAUUGUUUUAAUAUACCGAUCCAACUCUAGAAGUUACUCAGUAUCAUUGUUGGGGUACUAUAAACAUCGUUUAUAUCAUUAUUUCCUAAUCUUUUCUGUAUUUAUCCUACCUCAAUGAUAUUGUAUUAUCAACGGAAAUUCCAACAAGAGAUGCAAGGUUGGGUACAAUCCAUUUAAAGUUUUGAUGUGUCUUUAGGUAAUAAUAUGAAAAUUUAGAUUAUAAUAAUUUAUUUUUCAUUUUACUCUAUAUGUUGAACGAAAUGUUAGUUCAUUAGAGAUUGUAGUGGAGUUAGUUGGAUUUUUUUUUCAAUGGCUAAUGUAAUUGAUAUCAAGUUCUAUUUUCUCUUUGGAAUAAUUUGGAAAUGUCUUUUUUUUGAUUUUGACUAAGCAGUAUGCUGAAUUGUUAUAAUAUAAUCUUCAUGAAGAGAAUGAAGAUACCAUUGAUAAUUUUGCAUAUACAUAUUUUUAAAAUUAUAUUUAAUAAAAUUGUAAUAAAACUUGAAAAAAUAA